AUGUAAAUAGAGGAAAAUUUGCAUCACGAUAAGAAAGAAGUUUUUCUACCAGGAGAUUUGUUAUCUGAUGAAACAGGAUUUAUUAGUGGAACCAAUACUUAUGAAGAGCAAGGGAAAAUAUUCUCCAGCACCACAGGAACUAUUAAUCAGACAAAUAAAUUGAUUAUGAUAAAACCAAUUAAAUGCAGUUAUUAACCAUAAAUUGGAGAAAUAGUAAUAGGCUAAAUUGUGUAGAUUAGGGAUAAAAAGUGGAUUGUAAAUAUUGGGUCAAGUUCAGAAGCUACUCUUCACUUGAAUUCGACUUAUUUGCCUGAACAAAGACAAAAAACAGAGGACGAUGAAAUGAAUAUGCGAUAAAUAUUUGCUGAGAACGAUCUAAUUUGUGCAGAAGUUCAUUCUGUCAAUAACGAUAAAUCUGUUAAUCUUCAUACGAGAGGACUUAAAUAUGGUAAAAUUGAAGAUGGAUUACUCAUUAAAGUCAAUCACUACUUGAUUGUGAAAUAAAAAAGGCAUUUUAUUAAACUCAAUAAUAAUGUCAAUAUGAUAUUGGGUCAUAAUGGAUAGAUAUUCUUAAGCAAUUAGGACAGGACCACAAAUAAUUAGAAAGUAAUCUAUUGCUAAAAUUACACUGUUUAAUAAAGAGUUGAUAUCGCAAACACAGGAAAGGCGAUUAAAUUCUUAUAACAAAAUCAAUAUAAAAUCUCACAAAUCAGCAUAGAAAAGGUUUUAAAUUAUAUUUCAGAGAAAAAGCCAUAAAAUGAUUGGAUAAUAUUAAUUGAGUAAUUCUUUUUAGAAUAAAAGACAAAAUAAUAAUAAGAUUAAUGA